UUGGCAUGCGCGAAGAUGGUGGCUGGAUUUCGUCGGCAGGUAAGGUCUUGCGCUGCUUGCCGGCCAUUGCCGGCGAAUAUGUGAUCAACUUCGACGAGUUUAAACAGACGGUACGAACGAAUGUCUACCAAAAGGACUUAAUUUACGAUGAAUUUAACAACGGGAAACCCACAUGGUAACGGCUUGCUUUAUGCUGGCUUCAAUCAGGAUCAAGGAUGCUUUGUCUGCGGUACAGAAAAUGGCUAUAGAGUAUAUAAUUGUGAUCCCUUAAAGGGGAAAGAAAAAGAGCGUCAUGAUUUUAAUGAUGGAGGUCUUGGUUAUGUUGAAAUGUUAUUUAGAUGUAAUUAUUUGGCACUCGUUGGCGGUGGGCCAAAGCCAAUGUAUCCUGUUAAUAAAGUUAUCAUAUGGGAUGAUUUGAAAAAAGCACCAGCUAUUACAUUGGAAUUUAAUGCACCUGUAAAAGGUGUAAAAUUAAGAAGAGAUAGGAUAGUAGUAAUAUUAGAAGGUGUUAUAAAGGUUUAUACAUUUACGCAAAAUCCACAACAAUUACAUGUCUUUGAAACCAAUCCCAAUCCAAGAGGAUUGUGUGUUUUGUGUCCAAACAGUAACAAUUCUUUGCUUGCUUUCCCAGGGCGAAAAAAUGGUCAUGUUCAAGUUAUAGAUCUAGCAAACACUGAGAAACAGCCUUUAAAUAUUGAAGCACAUGAAACACCCUUGUCUUGUAUAGCUUUAAAUUUACAAGGUACUCGACUUGCUACAGCUUCUGAAAAGGGUACUCUGAUAAGGGUAUUCGAUACACAAAAUGGUAAUAUGAUUAAUGAAUUACGAAGAGGAGCAAAUCAUGCUAAUAUCUAUUGCAUAAAUUUUAAUCACGAUUCAACGUGGCUAUGCGUUGCGAGCGAUCAUGGUACGGUACACGUUUUUGCGGUAGAAGAUCAAAAAUUAAAUCGUCAAUCUAGUUUAGCGUCAGCUACUUUUUUACCAAAGUAUUUUAGUUCGAGCUGGAGUUUUUGCAAAUUUCAAGUUCCAGGAGGUCCUCAAUGCAUGUGUGCGUUUGGAACUGGCAACAAUAGUAUUAUAGUAAUAUGUGCCGAUGGGAGUUACUACAAAUUUGUAUUUAAUAACAAAGGAGAGUGUUCGCGAGACUUUUACGCGCAGUUCCUUGAAUUAACGGAUGACAAAAUGUGACUGAAAAGUGUAAGGCGUAUGAAUGUUUCAUUACGAAAAGCUAAUGUGACUUUUUUGUCAUCGUACGUCUCGUUGUUGCUUUCGUUUUACGUGUCAAUUGCAGAGGAUAGAGAUUUGCAGUACAUUUUCGCAUCGUCGUGACUAUUGUCGUGCUUGCUCAAAAAAAAAAAAAAAAAAAAAAAAAAAAAAGAAAAAGAAAGAAAGAAAAAAACCAGAAAAAAAUGAGCAUUUUAUGCAGGGAAGCGAAAAUGAAUCUUAAUCUUUUUAAAGUUAGAUCAUUCGACGGAGAGGACCAAAACGAAAAGUUAUAUGAAUUGUUGGUGAUACGUGCACUGUGCAUGAAUUUUUUCAUAAUAAUAAUAAUAAGAUCUAAGGGACAUUAUUGGUGAUAUCGUUGAUUGUUACGUGGGGCCUAGU